AUGAUGAUGAGCUUCUCAUCAGCAUUUGCUCAAAAACAACCGGAUCUUCCACCGAAAGAGGCUGAAAAGAAGCAGAAAGAAGAGCAAAAGAAAAUCGACAGUGCGGUUGCGUUGACGGACGCUGAAAUCGUCGAGAAAACCGAACUUCUAACUCAGGGGCAAGGUAAUUGGUCUCGACGUGAAUUUCAACAAUUCGUUAAAGCGAACGAAAAAUAUGGUCGAAAUGAUUUGGAGAAUAUCGCGAAAGAAAUCGAUACAAAAACGUUGGCGGAAGUCGAAGAAUAUUCCAAAGUUUUUUGGGAACGUCUCGACGAGCUAUCAGAUCAUGAUCGAAUCCUUGCAACCAUUGAAAAG